CCGUUAUAUCCCCCUCCCCCCCCUCCCCUUCUGCCUUUACCCUCACCGCCCAACCCCCACUCACACCCACUCCCUCGUAUUUUCUCCCAUUUCCCCUCAUUUUCCCGAGAAAAUCUCUAAACUUUACCUUUCUAUCCGAAUAAACAAGAUUUCGAAUUCGAGAUGAAGUUCGGCAAGAGCCUGAGCAGCCAGAUCGAGGAAACCUUGCCGGAAUGGCGGGACAAGUUCUUGUCCUACAAGGAGCUCAAGAAGUGCCUGAAGCUCAUCGAGCCCAAAGGCGGUGACAGGCCCACCAAGCGUCCCAGGAUUGAUGCCUCCGCUGAUUGUGCGGACGCUCACGGAGAUAAGGAGGGCAUGUCCACGGCAGAGAUCAAUUUCAUUCAGUUGUUGGAGGACGAGCUCGAGAAAUUUAACUCCUUCUUUGUCGAAAAGGAGGAAGAAUAUAUUAUUACCUUGAAGGAGAUACAAGACAGGGUGGCAAAAGCAAAGCAUUCCAAUGAAGAGAUUACUAAGAUUCGCAAGGAGAUAGUGGACUUCCAUGGAGAGAUGGUUUUGCUGGAGAAUUAUAGUGCCCUCAACUAUACAGGACUGGUAAAGAUACUCAAGAAGUACGAUAAAAGAACCGGUGCUCUUAUGCGCUUGCCCUUCAUUCAGAAGGUCUUGCAACAGCCUUUCUUCACCACCGACUUGCUCUACAAGCUCGUGAAGGAGUGUGAGAUUACGCUUGACCAGCUCUUUGCCAUGACUGAACAGCCCAUUCCAAAUGAAGGAUCUGAUGGGGAUGAAGGGUGUGAUCCUUCAACUUCUGCCACUACCACUACCGAGAGUGAUGGCAUUCCCAGAGUAAACAAAGGACUAGCAGAGAUCGAGUACAUUGAAAGCUUGUACAUGAAAAGUACUAUAUCGGCAUUGCGGGCUUUGAAGGAAAUUAGGAGUGGAAGCUCUACUGUUAGUGUCUUUUCGUUGCCGCCACUGCAAAUAAGUGAAUUAGAGGAUGAAUGGAAAAAAGUCCCUGUUCUGGAACAAGUUGCCAAGUAGCUAGAUAGGUUGUUGGUACUGAAAUGGGGACUAGUAUGUGCCCCCUUUUCUUUUGUUUUUGCUAUUUAUUCAAAAACUUUACAUGCAUCUGCUAUGCAUGCUUUUAUAUACUAACACAGAUGUAAAAUGCAAAGUUGUAACUGGAAUGAGUUCAUUAGAAUUAAGUUCUGUAUAAUAAAAUCUUUGGCCUAAUGGAAGUAAUAAUGUUCUCCAUA